UGUGAACCGGUCAGGCAAGACGAGACUGACACUAAGCGAGGUGUAUGCGGGGAAGACAUACGUCUCUCGAUUGUGCCUAGCUAACGCCGUGACGAACAGACGCAACCAUGUCUCGGGUCUGUGAAGUCGUGCUCCUGAUCUCCGCGAUCGUCGCCUGCGCAUCCGCCGCUACCGAUAUAGUACAACAAUGUCCUGGAAGAUCUAUAGAGGCCCUUAACGACAAUGUCAAACUAAGUCCAUGCAAGCGCGCGCCGUGCAAACUGAAAAAAGGCACCAACCAACACAUCAGUGUACAGUUUAUGCCUGAACAUGAUAUAACCGAAGUGAAGAAUCAUGUAACAGCCGAGGUGUUUGGCGUGCCCUUGCCAUUCGUGGGCGUGGACGGAGCCACCAUUUGCGACAAGAUCUUCAAAGAAGACGGCAGCGUCGCCGGCUGCCCGCUCAAAGCUGGCACAAAGUAUACUUACAAAGACUCCUUCCCUGUCCUCUCUUUUUAUCCGACACUACAAGCGAAGGUCCACUGGGCUCUAAUGCAGGGUCAAAAAGAAUUUGUUUGCUUCGAAAUCCCUGUCAAUAUAGUCAACUAAUAUGUACUUUGUCGUUAUAUUUUUUACUCUCUUAUAAAUUCUUUUCUUUAGGGAUUUACUUACGAACAAAUUUAAUAAUGUUAUUUUAUAGGUCGGAGUUCUAUGAACUUUGUAGUAAUUUGAAAAUGUGAUUUGUAUUUAAUUUAUAUAAAUGGUAAAGAUUAUUUAGAGCUAAGAAUAAAAAAAA